CCGGCCCCGGCGUUCCCGUACCGCUUCGACCGCGAGGGCCGUCUGCUGCACCGCCACACGGGGGCGCCCUUCCUGUUCCGGCUGGGGAGGGGGGAGGAGGCGCGGCGCGCCGCGGAGCAGCUGGAGGCGCUGUGGAGCUACAUCACCCAGCACGUGCACCUCCUGCUGCAGGAGGACUGGCACCUCCGCAGGCUGGCGCUGCCGCCGCCCGCGCGGGGGCUGGUGUGGGUGUCCCAGGGGGCGCUGGAGAGCAGGGGCCGGCUGCUGCUGCUGCUGCAGGACCGGGGCGUGGCGCGCAGCGGCCAGUGGAGCUGGCGGGCCAUCGCGGGCGGCGGGCUGGAGGCCGGCAGCCAGAUCCCGUACGUGCGGCGGGCGCGGCAGGAGGGCUGGGGCGUGGCCCUGCUGGACCCCAACGAGGAGGGGGCGUCGCCCGAGGAGCACCUGCGUCACGCGUGGGACGGCCUCCUGGCCGGGGCGGGGGCGGGGCAGGUCGCCGUGGCGACGCACGGGUACGGGGGCCUGGCGUUCGUGGACCUGCUGGCGCGCCGGCCGCAGGAGGUGCAGCGCCUGGUCUGCGCCGUGGCCUUCAUAGACUCCGCCCACAGCCUGUGGCACCAGCCGCUCAGCGCCGACGCGCGCGAUUGGCUGAGGGCCCACUCCAGGAAGUGGGUGCUGAGCGGCAGGCCUCUGAACCGCGCCGUGAGCUCGCUGCGGGCCGACGGGCCCCAGGUCUCCGCCGGAACGCUCCGGCCCGAACACGCGCCUGCCGCCUGCCUCCACGCCGUGUUCCGCUACAUGGCCAAGGCCCUGAGGGCCGCGCCCGCGCCCACGCCCUACGACAUCGUCACACGCAGCCGCAGCCAGGGGAGGAGCCGGCCGCCCGCCGGAGGGGCCAGGCCUCGCCACUCUAACGCCAACAACAUCUAGCCAAUCGCAGAGCUGCCUCACUCCUCUGGCCAAUGCCCUGUGGCCUGUGGGAACCUGUGGACCAAUUACACUUAAUUGAUCAUUUAAAGCAGUUAAUUACCCAGUUAACUCACCUCACCUGGCUCUCCAGGACCAGGGGUGAAGACCACUCGUGUAUAUAUACCUUUUUUCUCUCUGUAACAGCUCAAAAAUACCUUCUUUUUUGUUGUAAAUUGAGCUCAUUUGAAUUAGAAUGAAUUAAAAUAAAACCUAAUAGCAUAUUCAAA